AAUCCAUUCCGUUAUAUUAUCAUACGUAAAAUUAACGCGAAAAAGUUAGGGCGUGGAUUGCAUUGUUUGGAUUCAAAAGCUUAUCCGAUAGAAACGUCAAAAUGGAUUGUUGGAAAUAAUUUGCGCUCAUAUCAUCAUGAUAUUUUUGACAUCUCGUUUAUAACGUUAUUUCCGUGGAUUACUACCAAGGAUAGUGACGGCAAUUUAGCCACUGUUUUAACUCUCGACAUUCUCAAUUCACAUCCAUAUAUGCUGGCAGAAGUUAAUAUCAGUUAUGUUAGUGAAGCUGAAGGAGGUUUAACUGAAAAGACAUAUAACAUUGCACCUUAUACACUGUCGCGAAUUUCAAUAUCGCGAAAUUCCAAAUAA